ACUCUCAGAAGAAGCUCUGGAAGUAUAUAAGACAUGUCAGAGGCACCAAGAACGGAAGCAUCGACGAGCAUCUGGAACCAACACUUGAGAUCUACUGUUCAUGAGUGACAGAAAUGACUGGAGCCGCUGUGUCCACAUGCCUGCUUUUUCUCUUGUCUGUAUGUUCAUCGUGUUACAUCUCUAACUGUCCCAUCGGUGGCAAAAGGUCCAUCAUGGAUGCACCGCUGAGAAAGUGCAUGCCGUGUGGCCCCGGGGACAGGGGCCGCUGUUUUGGCCCCAGCAUCUGCUGCGGGGAGGGCAUCGGCUGCCUGCUGGGCACCCCGGAAACGGUUCACUGCGUGGAGGAGAACUACCUGCUCACCGCCUGCCAGGCAGGAGGGAGACCCUGUGGAUCUGAGGGAGGACGCUGCGCUGCUUCAGGGCUCUGCUGUGAUGCAGAGAGCUGCACUACCGACCAAUCGUGCCUCAUCGAGGAAGAAGGAGAAGACCAAACCAGCCUAUUCGAAAGCAGCGACCCCGGUGACAUCAUCCUCAGGCUCCUGCAUCUGGCCGGUCACACUUCUCCUCAUCGAGUUCACCAAUGAGCUGCUCCUGACACCGAGGUCUCGUGAGAAACUCUUCCGCCGCGGAGACGACAUGGGACUUGUAGUUGUGGAUCAUGUAGUUGUAUUUCUAUGUUUGUCAUCAUUGCUCUGUACUUGCUCUUUCCCCUGGAGAGUGCCUUUGUCAAUAUAUUUUUAUGUAUGAAAAUAGGGAUGAAUACUGAGUGGUCAUCCAGAUGUCUGCAUGUUGAAAUAAAGUUUUGAGAGAGUGUAAAUUG